AUGACGUAUGAAAACGUGUGGUUAGAGCAACAUAAUCAAGAAAUACCACGUGGCAAUUCCUAUCUUCCUAUAAGACCAAACGGUUCUGUCACUUGGGCUGUUAUUAGGAAUAACAUGGAGGGUCUCAUACCGUUUGUUUACAGAGCCUUCAUGCAAAUCCGUUAUGGCGACGACUCGUCGCUUUCUUCUUCUUACUACGUACGUCUACCGGGAGAUUCAGGCCGGUUCGAGAUAUCCGAUAUCGAAGUGUCGGGUCAUGGAUCUUCUUCCAAUAUGGCGUCGUCAAAGACCACAACCACGACCACUACGUUUACUGGAGGCCAGUCACCUGUUCAUCGCCGGGUCGUGACAUGAUGCUAACGCGCUCCUAAGGGAACCUGAAGAUGCGCGUGAGGGAAAGGGUUCGUGACUUUGUGAUUACUACAUGGCUAGGCUUAGUUUCUGAUAUUUUUUAUGAGUGCUUGGACUGGUCGAAUAAACCUGAUGUAAUAAUCGGGGUGGGGAGAUUUAUUCUCUAAGCGUGGGAUUUUAACCAAAGGGUGGUCUCGUGGCUUUGAUGUGUUUAUUUCAAGAAACUUUUAACUGUAUAAAAACUAUAUGAAUGGUGUGGUUUACUCGUGAGAAAUUAUAUGCUUGACUUUUGCUAUUACAACAUCGUUAAUUAAUUAACCUGCAGAUGUUAUAAUCGGGAUGGGAAGAUUAACUCUCUAAAUAAGCGUGGCAUUUUAACCGAAGGGUUGUUCCGUGGCGUUGAUGUGUUUAUUUCGAGGGACUUUUAAUUGUAUAAAACUAUAUGGACGUUUUGUUUUUG